ACCCGUUUCACUCGUGCUUCCUCUUCUCGUAGUCUUGAAUCUAAGCAUGCCGGUAGACGUACCGAGUCAAGGUGGCAAAACUAGGAGGCCACGCUUCUACAAAGUUCUGUGCCCUGAUUCUUUGCUGAAGCUGGCAAUCCCCCGUGAUUUCAUGAAGUACAUUGAAACGAAAAUGGAAUUUAGAAAGGCCAUCUUGAUAAGUCCCCUCGUCAAGCUCUGGCACGUCGUCAUUGAACGACCUGAUAAAUCUAACACCAUGUUCUUUGGUAAUGGCUGGGAAAAAUUCGUGCAGGCACACAGUCUGGGAAAUGGCAAAAUGGUCGGUUUUCGUUACGAAGGCAAUAUGGUCUUCACAGUCAAGGUAUCCCUCUGUGGCAACUGUCGUGCACGGUCCAGUAACACUGCCAGUGUGCCUCAGAGUGCUCUGCCUGAGCAAACUGCGGCACCUUCGUCUGCACGGCACAGUAGCACUGCUCGUGUGCUUAACAGUGCUCGGCAUGAGCAAAUGGUACCGGCACCUUCAUCUUCGCGUGUUCCGAGUGAUUCUGAGGAAUCAAUGACUGGAACAAAGAGGAAGAGAACACUCAAUGCAGCAGCACAGGACGAAUUGCCAAAUACAAGGGGAUGCAGCCAGGCGAGCGAGCCAAAUCUCAAGUGGGAAGUGGUAGUUACAACUCGUUCGUUAGGAAGCCUUAAUAUCCCGAAAAGAUUUACGUGCUUGGAUCAGUUCUCGAGGGAGAAAGGUGAGGUUAGCGUGACAGAUAGUAGGGGAAGAAAAUGGCCGAUCCGGCUCACCCACAGGACUGAGAGUGCAUUAGGGAGAGGAUUGCGUUUGAUGGCGCAGGAGAACAACGUGGAAGAAGGUGAUGUGUGCAUCUUUGAGGUCAUCUCUGAUAAACUAAUCCGACUCCAGGUCGAUAAAAAACGCCAGCGUAAGAAAUUCUGAUCCAAUGCGUGACGAACUAGCCGAUGAACUUUGAACUAAUGGAUGAAUUUUUGUUGUGUAUAUGCCGCCUUGUUCUUUGCUUGUCCCAUAGUCAGUUUUUUGCUUUGAAGCUAAACUGGUUGAUGAACUUUUGUUGUAUGCAAGUCUUUUUUGAACCCUUUUAUACGCUAGUUACCUCGGUAGAUGUACAGUUGA